CCUCGCAGCAUUGAGGCCGGCAUCUGCCCCACCGGUACAAAAGUACCGGUCCAGCCUCUUUCAGGCUAUCGACUCAAUGACACUCUAGCGGUGCGGUAUGGUACGRCGCGACAGCGCUGGCGCUAUACUUAGCGCAGGAGCACGAGGAGCGGCAGCGGCAGCGGUAGCGCAGCAGCGGCAGCGAGCAGAGCAGCAGCAGCGGCGACUGAGCAGGAUCGGCGGCCAUAGCCGCCUGAGGUAUCGGGAGUCGGAGGACUAUACAGCCGCACUCACCCAUGUCAAGGAACAGCAAGAGGCUGCCGCAGCUGAAAGACUACGGCUAGCAGAGGAAGCUGCAGCACAAACCCGGCGUCAAGCCGAGGCAGACCAGUUGGCGAUCGAUCAGCUCAACGCCGACAGCGCUGAACUUGUAAUUGCUAAUCAAGGACAAUGGACAGCGGUGCUCAACGGGAUGCGUUAUGUCCCCGUACCCGGCAGCGAGCGAACGACAGUGCAACAGGAGAGGCAAGACCUGACAGAUAUUCUACUCAAUACAAUGCGCGCCGUCAUUUGGAACAACACCAUGGGGGAGCUGCAUUCCCAGUCCACACGGCAGCUGCAGCACGAUCUGAACCACAACGUGAAGACGCUUGCAGCAGCUGUCAAGGUCGCGGACAACCAACUGAAACAGCUAGAUGCACGCAUUGCUACCUUGGAGGCAAGGCCUCCCCAAGCAGCGCCAGGCUGCACGACAGAUAUGACAGACAUGACGAAGCAGCUCAAUGGGCGCAUCGAUCAUGUCGUCAAUCUCAUUGGCGACAUACGUGUUUUCAAUGGGCCGGACACGAUCAGUAGCACGGUGGCCGCCAUCAAAACGGACAUCACCAAGCUGCAGACGAGACCGGACGCCGCUACCAAGAAUUUCAAGAUGCCGCAGUUCACCAUCAGCAAGUUCGACGACUACAGACCGACGCUUUGACAUGGUGGCAAGGUUUCCUCACGGAAGCAUCCUGCCGCACUGUCCCGGCUGAAGACAUGUUGAAGG